UCUGUAAAUUGCCACCUAUUGUAAUAUAUCACCGAUUUAGUUUAUAAAUCAUUUCUUCAACUGUUAAUCAUUUUCAGGUUUAAAUUGUCGAAGCUCGUUUCCUUAGUUCUUGGUAUUUUUCCUCUGAAAGUGCACUGUUUCAUCUUGAAUUUUUAGAGCUCCUUUUUGUGAAUCGCUGGUUGUGUUUUAAAAGGGAUAUAGAAAAAUGCUAUAUUGAAAACAUCGAUGCUUGUGAAUGGUAAAUAUUGUAAACAUUCUUGGUGAAGUUUUGAACUCAGUAAAGAAAAUAUUACAGAAUAGUGAGAAAAUUGUAUGAAAAUUAAUUAAUCAAAGUUAAUUAAUUGAUAUAAUUAAUUUUAAAAAGUUUUGAUUUAUUUGGAAGUGAAAUGUAUUCAUGAACUUUAUCUCAGAUAGUCAAUGAUGGCCCAGAAAUCGAUCCAGAGUUUUUUCUGUAGUGCCAAGACAAUAUCCAAGUCAUCACCGGUAGCCGGAGGAAUGAUGGCAGCAACAGCUGGUAAUACAUUGGCCCUCUCACAGUCCCAGCAGAACAGACAACAGCUGAAGCAUCAUCACACCACAAACAGUGCGAAUAGAAAGAAAGACACGCUAGAGACAGAGGAGAGUAAAAAGUCACCUUCAGGCAAGAAGAAUAUUUCAGACAAGUUCACACUGACAAAGAGGGAACCAGUAGAAUCAAAAACAGCAAAAACAAGAGUAGUGGCAACAGAAGGAGAGAUGGAAGGAAAAGAAGAAGAAGAAGAAGAAGAAGAAGGGACGACAUCCCCUAUCUGCAAAGUGGGCAAGAAGAGGAAGUCACAGAGGGUGAUAGAAGAGGACAGUGACGAGGAGAACUCGACGCCAGAGAGAACAGAACAACCAGAGGGAAAGCAGUCAGUGUCAGGAGAGACAUGGAACACUGCUUCUACUAAUGCUGCUGCUACUGCAGCUGUAGAGGAUGAGAACUCCUCCCGCUCUGUGGAGAUGAUAGACAGAGAAACGGAGAAGGAAAAGAAAGAGGAUAAUGAGGACGAGGAUAGAUCUCCGCCGAAGAAAGUGUUCCGCUCAGAGACAAAGGGCGUGACGACAAAGACACCCAAGAGUAACAAGAAAGCGCCUUCUGCACUGAAGAAAACAGCCACCAAGUCGAACACUGAAAAGAGUUCAAAAAAGCAGAAAACAGUUGGGAGCUCAUCUGCCGCUUCAAUUUCAACUCCUAAAACAGACAAGAAAGAGACAUCGAGCACUGAGCCGCCACUGGACAAAGUGGAGAUUCCGCGUGAUAUUGCAUCGUCCACAGCCGAGAAGAAAAUUGUCAGUGGUUUCAAUUCAGAAAAGAAGAAAGUGCAUGAAGUAAUCGCUUCCUCCUCCGAAUUCUGCGCGAAUCAAGAGAGCUACCGACCAGUGGGCAGUGCAUGUUGGCGAGAGGGGGAGCAGAUCCCCUACUUGGCAGUGGCGAAAGCGUUCAAACUGAUCGAGGAGGAACCAAGUCGUCUGAGAAUCACUCUCACCCUCACGAACUUAUUACGCAGUGCCAUUCGACUGUCUCCAAAGGACGUGCUAAGUUGCGUGUACUUGAGUCUGAACAAGUUAGGACCUGCGUACGAGGGACAGGAACUGGGAAUAGGGGAGACUCUGCUGAUGAAGGCACUGGCACAGGCCACUGGCAGAAAUGUGGACAAGAUCAAGGAGGACAUGCACUCUGUGGGGGAUCUGGGCAUAGUGGCGGAACAGAGUCGCACGUCUCAGAAGAUGUUAUUUGUGCCGGCUAGACUGACUGUAAAGACAGUGUUCGAUAGGCUGAAGAGCAUCUCGGAGAUGAGUGGCAACUCCGUGAUGAGCAAGAAAAUAGAGAAGAUUCGCUCUCUGCUGGUGGCAUGUCACGAGUGCGAGGCCAGAUAUAUCUUGAGGACGCUGGCGGGUAAGUUGCGCAUUGGACUGGCAGAACAGACUGUGCUGACGUCACUGGGACAGGCCUUCGCAGCCAUGGAGAGCGACAGAAGCAAUGACAAGCCACUGGGUGAGCUGAGUGACUACAAGAAACGCAGCGAACACAUAGUGUAUUUGGUUAAAAGCACUUACUGCGAGCAUCCCAAUAUGGAGAAUAUCAUCAAAGCAGUUCUCGAACAUGGCAUUGAUGCACUGGGCGAUCAUUGCAAACUGACUCCUGGUAUUCCUCUGAAGCCAAUGUUGGCACAUCCGGCCAAAGGAGUGCAGGACAUCCUGAGCAGACUGGACUCUAAGGGGGCAUUCACGAGCGAGUACAAGUACGACGGAGAGAGGGCCCAGAUCCACAUAUUCGACAAGAAAGUGAAGAUAUUCAGCCGCAACCAGGAAGACAACUCUACAAAGUACCCGGAUGUGGUGAAGAUAGCAGAGGACAUGGUGAAGGAGGGAGUGGAGAGCUGCAUCAUAGACUCCGAGAUAGUGGCAUGGGACGCGGACAAGAAGGCGAUUCUGCCGUUCCAGGUGCUGACCACGAGGAAACGCAAGGAUGUGCUGGAGGAAAACAUCCGUGUACAAGUGUGCAUCUAUGCGUUUGACAUGUUGUAUCUGAAUGGGAGCAGUCUGGUUCCGAAGAGUCUGCGAGAGAGAAGACAGGCGAUGAAAGACAGUUUGAAUGAGAUAGAGGGCAAGUUGGCCUUCGCCACUCACUCCGACACGAAUGACACAGACGAGAUAGCAGUGUUCUUGGAUGAGUCCAUAAAAGGCAACUGCGAGGGACUCAUGAUCAAAACACUGGACAGCUACGCCAGUUACGAGAUCGCACGCAGAUCUCACAACUGGCUCAAGCUCAAGAAGGAUUAUCUGGAGGGAAUCGGAGACACCCUGGACCUGGUAGUGAUAGGAGGCUACAGGGGAAAGGGCAAGAGAAGUGGAGUGUUUGGGGGAUUUCUGCUGGCUUGUUAUGACGAAGAUUCAGAGGAGUACCAGUCCAUCUGCAAGAUCGGCACUGGUUUCUCGGAACUGCAGCUGGUGACUCUGAACACGCAGUUUGCAGACAGUCAACUCGACACUCCCCCCACGUACUACUCCUAUGACUCUGGUCUGGAACCGGAUGCCUGGUUCGAACCCACUCAGGUAUGGGAGGUGAAGGCAGCAGACUUGUCCCUGUCUCCAAUUCACAGAGCCGCGAUGGGCCUCGUGGAGCCGGGAAAGGGAAUCUCUCUCCGCUUUCCCAGGUUCAUCCGAUGUCGGGAUGACAAGAGUCCGGAGCAGGCAACCGGGGCAGACCAAGUGGCCAAAAUGUACAACAGCCAGGACCAGAUCAAGAAUGCCAACAAGAGCAAAACAACGGGCGGCAACGACAUGGACGACGAUUUCUACUGAGAGUACCAAGCACCACACCAUAUGGACUUGUUUUUUCUUUGUCGUGUCAUGCUGAGCGAUAUCAAACUGAACUGAACUGAGCUGAAUAAAUUAUAGUGAUUGUUAAAUUGCAUAUUCCAGAUACGAGGAUUUUCUUUAAUUUUACCUGGAAAAAUGCUUAGUUCAAAUCAGCGGAUUUAAUACGAUACAAGUUUUUGAGCUCUCAUGUUAUUUAUUGUCUUUGUUUGUACCUUAGCUAAUUUAAGUUAACGGAAAUGGUUAAAUUGGAUUGAUGGGUGUUUUGUGUACUGAAUUUUUGAGAAUUUUGUUAAUAUCGGCAGCUGAAUGAAGAGGCAGUUAUUUUUGCAAUUUGAUUGUGAAAUUCGUUUUAA